UGUUUUGUGAAAAUUUAGUUUAAUUCCAAACAUUGUUGAAUGAGCAGCGAUAAUAAAAACAAGUUGAAAUGUUGAUCGAGUUCCUGCUUUUAAGUGUUGUUACGUUGUUUCUGUUCUAUCGCUGGUCAGUGAGCAAAUAUGAUUUCUUCGAAAAGCGAGGUUUACCGUAUCAUAAGCCGUUUCCACUUUUCGGCAGCAUGAAGGAUGCGGUCUUUCGAAAGAAGUCUAUGUUUGAUUUGGUGGUCGAUCUGUAUAACAACCACAAUGGCAAAGUUUAUGGAAUAUUUGAUCAGCGUGCUCCGAUAUUUAUGUUACGUGAUCCUGAACUAAUAAGGCAUGUGACUGUCAAAGAAUUUGAUCAUUUUGUCAACCAUCGUUCAAUCUUCAACAAUGAUGAUGGAAACCUUUUCGCCAGUUCACUUUUUUCCAUGCGAGAUGCUAAAUGGAAGGACAUGCGAAGUACACUAAGUCCAGCAUUCACAGGCAGUAAAAUGCGUCAAAUGUAUCAAUUAAUAAAUCAAGUCGCUGAAGAUACAGCAAAUCAUCUCAAGAAAGAAACUAAUUCCAAUCCCAAUGAUGGCAUCGAAAUUGAGUUCAAAGAUUAUUGUGUUUGUUUUACCAGUGAUGUUAUAGCUUCUGCGGCAUUUGGUUUGCAAGUGAAUUCGCUGGAAGAUAGAAAUAACGAAUUUUUCGUAAUGGGUAAGAAAGUGACUCGCUUUACUGCCUGGCAAAAUAUCAAGUUCUUUUUAUUUGGCAAUUUUAAGACAAUUAUGAAGUUACUUAAAGUUGAACUAUUCGAUAAAAAAUAUUCCGAUUACUUUAUGAAUCUAGUACUUGAUACCAUGAAAUAUCGUGUAGAUCACAAAAUAUCACGACCUGAUAUGAUUAAUAUACUUAUGGAAGCACGUGGUCUAAUCAAAUCUGAACAUCCAAAACCCAAUCGAGAGUGGACUGAUAUCGAUAUAGUAGGUCAGUGUUUCUUGUUCUUUUUUGCGGGCUUCGAAACUGCAUCUGUGUUAGUGUGCUUUGCAUUACACGAACUUAUGGAAAAUCCAGAAACACAAGCAAAACUUUAUGAAGAAAUUCAAGAACUUAAUAGAGAUAUUGAAGGCAAGCCACCUACUUAUGAACAGUUACAGGGUAUGAAAUACUUGGACAUGGUUGUGUCAGAAGUAUUAAGAAAAUGGCCAGCAGCUGUGGCUGUUGAUCGUGAAUGUAAUAAAGAUUUCGUUUAUGAAGAUGAUAAUGAAAAAAUUGAAAUUAAAAAAGGUGAAAGUAUUUGGAUACCAAUUGCUGGCAUACAUCGUGAUCCAAGAUAUUAUGAGAAUCCAGAAAAGUUCGAUCCAGAACGAUUCAGUGAAGAAAAUAAAGACAAUAUUAAGCCAUUCACAUAUUUGCCAUUCGGAUCGGGACCACGAAUUUGUAUUGCCUCACGUUUUGCGCAAUUAGAAGCAAAGGCCUUGAUUUAUUUCUUAGUACGCGAUUUCUCCAUUAACCAAUCCUCAAAAACUACAAUUCCAAUGGAACUGUCACCUGCUACAUUUCAACUUAUUCCCAAAUCUGGUUUCUGGCUUAAACUGGUGCCAAGAGUUCAAAAACAAGUUGAAAUGUUGAUCGAGUUCCUGCUUUUAAGUGUCGUUACAUUGUUUCUGUUCUAUCGCUGGUCAGUGAGCAAAUAUGAUUUCUUCGAAAAGCGAGGUUUACCGUAUCAUAAGCCGUUUCCACUUUUCGGCAGCAUGAAAGACGCGCUUUUUCGAAAGAAGUCAAUGUUUGAUUUGAUCAUCGAUUUGUAUAAAAACCACAACGGCAAAGUUUAUGGAGUAUUUGAGCAACGUACACCAAUCUUAAUGAUACGUGAUCCAGAAUUAAUAAGACAUGUGACUGUCAAAGAAUUUGAUCAUUUCGUCAACCAUCGUUCAAUCUUCAACAAUGAUGAUGGAAACCUUUUCGCCAGUUCACUUUUUUCCAUGCGAGAUGCUAAAUGGAAGGACAUGCGAAGUACACUAAGUCCAGCAUUCACAGGCAGUAAAAUGCGUCAAAUGUAUCAAUUAAUAAAUCAAGUCGCUGAAGAUACAGCAAAUCAUCUCAAGAAAGAAACUAAUUCCAAUCCCAAUGAUGGCAUCGAAAUUGAGUUCAAAGAUUAUUGUGUUUGUUUUACCAGUGAUGUUAUAGCUUCUGCGGCAUUUGGUUUGCAAGUGAAUUCGCUGGAAGAUAGAAAUAACGAAUUUUUCGUAAUGGGUAAGAAAGUGACUCGCUUUACUGCCUGGCAAAAUAUCAAGUUCUUUUUAUUUGGCAAUUUUAAGACAAUUAUGAAGUUACUUAAAGUUGAACUAUUCGAUAAAAAAUAUUCCGAUUACUUUAUGAAUCUAGUACUUGAUACCAUGAAAUAUCGUGUAGAUCACAAAAUAUCACGACCUGAUAUGAUUAAUAUACUUAUGGAGGCACGUGGUCUAAUCAAAUCUGAACAUCCAAAACCCAAUCGAGAGUGGACUGAUAUCGAUAUAGUAGGUCAGUGUUUCUUGUUCUUUUUUGCGGGCUUCGAAACUGCAUCUGUGUUAGUGUGCUUUGCAUUACAUGAACUUAUGGAAAAUCCAGAAACACAAGCAAAACUUUAUGAAGAAAUUCAAAAUCUUACAAGAGAUAUUAAAAGCAAAGCUCCAACAUAUGAACAGUUACAAGGUAUGAAAUACUUGGACAUGGUUGUAUCAGAAGUAUUAAGAAAAUGGCCAGCAGCUGCGACUAUUGGUCGUGAAUGUAAUAAGGAUUUCGUUUAUGAAGAUGAUAAUGAAAAAAUUGAAAUUAAAAAAGGUGAAAGUAUUUGGAUACCAAUUGCUGGCAUACAUCGUGAUCCAAGAUAUUAUGAGAAUCCAGAAAAGUUCGAUCCAGAACGAUUCAGUGAAGAAAACAAAGACAACAUUAAGCCAUUCACAUAUUUGCCAUUCGGAUCAGGACCACGAAUUUGUAUUGCCUCCCGUUUUGCGCAACUAGAAGCAAAGGCCUUGAUUUAUUUUUUAGUACGUGAUUUCUCCAUUAAGCAAACCUCAAAAACUACAAUUCCAAUGGAACUGUCAGCUGCCACAUUCCAACUUAUACCUAAGUCUGGUUUCUGGCUUAAACUGGUGCCAAGAAUUCAAUAAAAAAUUUGUAUACAUAUUAUAUAAU